UUAUAACGACAAUUAAGUUUCCAGGGCAACGAACAUCUGAUUAUUUGUUUAAAAUAAACACCAACCUGUAGAGUCACAUGUAAAAGAUGCGUAAUAAAGAUUUUGCAAUGUUUAAUUGGUUGUGCUAUAUGUUGACCCUUUAGCGUCUAUAGUUACGCGUCUGUUAACGUUUUCAAAAUAAUUACUGACAUUAUAAAGGAGAGCCUUAAAAUACCAGUGUUUUUCUACUUGCGGCCAUAUCAAUUAAGAAAUAUUUAUGUACAAAUCGAUCUUCAGCGGAAUAUCGAUACGGCCUAUAGAUUUCGUUCAAGCAUUCAGAGUGGCAGUGUUAAUAAUUGGGACAUAACACUAGUUCAAUAAAGACACGUAUUUAAAGGUAUUAAUAUUGGACUAGUAAAGCUUUACUUAACGACGAUAUAAACUGAAAAAAAUAAUCCAUUGUGCAUAAUAAGUCAUUGAGAAUAGGUUUAUUUUCAUUUCGGUGGUGACGUUGUACUACCGCAAUGCUUGGGGAUUUUAUAUUUAUACAGAUUGGAUUUACUAGCAGUUAAAUUUUCUGUAUUUAUUAGCCAUUAAGCGUGCAUGCAUAGGGGGUGGAUUUAUUUCUGGAUAUGCAUAGGGGACCAUACUUGUUGAUUAAAAGAUUUAUUCCAUACUUUCGAACGACGACCGACGGUGCCGUCUCCAUGGUGAAGUGUGAACCGAUGAACAAGGAUGAUAUACACCAGGACGCUUGUACCCUUCUUGCGCUUUUGCGUAGAAAUGAGGAUAGUUUGAAUGAUGCCGGGAAACAGCUUGUCAAACAAAAUAAGGAUUAUGCACGUGACGUUUUCAUGCAAGAAGUGGAUGGAUGGACGCCAUUUCACGCGUUUGUGUUACGAGGUGCGCGAAAAAUGGUAAAACUGUGUCUUAAAGCUAAAGUGGAUGUGAACGCUACCAUGGGGUCCCCGGAUGGACUGCCCGGGGGUUGUUCAGCAUUACAUUUAGCCGCACAUCGUGGUGAUGUUAGCAUUAUCAAUAUCUUAGUGUCAAAUGGAGCUGAACUCGAUCUUAAAGACGAUGUAAAUAGAACUCCUGUGAUUUAUGCAUCACGCGCAAAUAACACGCUCGCACUUAAAACUUUACAGCGCGCAGGUGCUGAUAUGAGCGGCUGUGACGCAAAUAAACAAUCAUCAGAAGACAUGACGUCAUCACCAAUCGUGUGUUUUUUACCAUUUGUAUGUGCAGGGGUAAGACGGUAGCAGACGGCAAUUAGCCAAUAGUUAACAAAUAGUCAUCAACAGUCUGUGAUAUCGUUUACAUUUUAAACAGAGCUUUAAAAGUAUUUUGUAAUCAUUUUAUGCAUAAAAGUGCCUUCAUUAUACAUACACAUUUUUAAUUCAAAUCUAACGUCACGAUUGGAACUGUUUAUGACGUAUUUUAAAAGAGUUUGAGGUCUAAAAUUUAGACACAUUUUAAAUAUGCGAGUAACAAAUAUAAAAUGUGCAAUCGAUAUACGGUCUGUAUUUUUCAAUCAAUUAUGUUUAUUAAAUUCGUUGCAAUUCAGAAAGAAUAGUCCUAUCAAAUGGCUUUGACUAAAACAAGUCAGUACCCUUUUUCACAGUGUUUGAUACAUCAAUAUGGUUGCAUUUAAACGCGUCUGAUCAUACACUGAUAAAAAGGUGAUUUUAUGACGCAGUACAUUUUACGCUGGCAUUAUACAGUAGAAAUAGUGUGUCAUUUACGCCAAAUUAAUGAAUGCAAACAACAUUAUGUUUAUGGUUAAAGGGUCGAAACCAUAUUAUGACUAUCAACAAGUUGACAGGUUGUAUAGAGAACUAUAAAGCUCAGGUCUUCCCGGUUUUUUCACUGUUAUAUGCACUGUUUGAAUCGAUUGUUGUAGUAUUUAUAUGUACAAAUGUGCUGAUUUUGUUGAGUUUGAUUGUUAUUAUUCUAUUUUAUUGUCCUAAAGAUACCAUUUCUUUUAUGUAUAAGUUUAGUUGACAUACGUUUGUAAACGCCACGGCUUUUUAUUGUUAUGCAUGUAAGUAAGAAGUAAAAGAAAAUGUACCCUUUUGAGAUCCUUUGUUAUUUUACUGUUUUGAGUUGGCUCAAGCAACAUUUUCAAUUUUGCCGUUUUCUCUCUCUAUUUUGUCGUUGUUAUGUAUUUUGUUGUGUUUAUAUAAAAUGAAGGUUAAACUCUCUGUUUAUGUAAAAAUUGCAAGGAGUGUCGCGACAUAUAAUGGGAACAUAAUGAAAAUAAAUAUGAAAAAGCUUCAUUUUCUUUUAAUAUUUUUUUUUAAUUAUCGAUUAUUUAUAUUUUAGGUUUAAGUAGAAUAAUCAGUAAUCUAUUUAAACUUAAUUUCGUAGAUCACUUUUAAAUACUUAACCUGUGUGGCGGCCGUUUGAUGUAAAAACACACAUUUGAUUACUAGUAAUAGGCGUUCAUUGAAUUUAGUAACAACAUGAGUGAAAAAAAGAAUAUUUAUUCAUGCAUGUAUAUUAAUUGAUCACAAAUAAAUAAUUUUUGUUUUCAUUGAUUUUUGUUCCAUUUUUAGAGCGUGAGACAAUAAUUUUUUACAAAUAUUGUGAACUGUUAGUUGAAACUGUUAUUUGUAAGGUUAUAUAGGGACACUGAAGUUGUAGUUAUGCAAUUAUUUGAAACAUGUAAGUUACUUUUAUUUAAUUCCAUUCCUCAUUAUUUGUUAAAUAUCAUUAUGGUAUAGAUAUGUAUAAAAAACAUGUUAAGAUAAAAUCUUAGAUAUAGAAAUAUUCAGUAAAUUCCACUUAUAACGAUACCACAUAUAACGAUGUACCGCUUAUAACGACAUACCGUUUAUAACGAUAUACCGCUUAUAACGAUAUACCGCUUAUAUCGAUGCUGUUGCCAGAUUUCAAAUUUGCUGCCUCUCGGAUAUAACGAUAUAAAUCCGGCGUUCCCUUGAAUAUCGUUAUACAUGGAGUUAACUAUAUGUGCUUUUGUUAGAAUCUCAAAUAUCAAUUAUUGUUUAUCAUUUUGAUUCAUUUCAUUCAAGUUACCUGUAAACAGUCGAAUACUAGUCAGAAGUAAGUUAACAUCUUAUUUUGAUAGUAUGUAAAUACAGGCAAACUGAUUUAUGUUGGCACUGUCUGAACAUGUAUAUAAGAAGUAAGUAAAACUUGAGUGAACGUUUGUUUAAUAAUUGUAGUUUAAAUGCCAUCCUUAUUACCUAAUUUUCCAACCACCUACAUUCUAGCCCUGUUUAAAACAACAUGCAUCUAUUUAACUAUAUCAGUAACACAGAACUUUUCAGUGUAAUUAUAUUGUACAGGUUACUGAUUCUUAUGGUAUGUUUUAUAUUAUUGCACACAGUUAUUUAACUAGUGAAGAACUUGAAAAAAAAAAGAACUUGUCUUCUUUCCUUUUUUUGAUGCUUCCGUUAACAGCUUUAUAUUAUUUCAAGUUGCUAGUUAAAUUGAUUGUUUUAUUUUUUUCUAUUAUACAUGAUAAUGACAUGAAAUAAAAUAUUAAAAAGAUUAACCACGUGA